AUGGUACUCUUCGACCUGGGCUACAUGGCCUUGUCUCUUGGCCGUCCUCGCAAACAAGAUCCUAGGAGCGCUGCUGACAUCUAUUCAGAAUGUGCGCUGGAGUCCAUGAUUGUACUCUUCGGCCUGGGCAAUGAGGCCUUGUCUCUUGGCCGUCCUUGCUGUCAAGUGAGUCCCAACCGGGUCGAAGAUCCACGCGCAUCUGCUUCUCAUGCUGUUAGGCAAUCCGAAGGCAAACAAAGGGCGAAGCUGCGUGAACUAUCCAAACAGAACUCGGAAUUGUCGACAAAACCGAGACCUACAAGAAAGUGCAGGGUUGAACUCCGGCGAGAGUUAGAGAAAUGUCCGAUCAAAGACUGGUGGGAGGCACCGGUCGACCAACUAUCCUUGGAGGAGCUAAAACUUCAUAAGAGAAGGUAUGAAGAAUUAAGCAAGAUGUUGAUCCAAGCAAUUGGAGACCGAACAGCUGAUUCUCAUAGCAACAAUUCCGACGAUCCGCCCAGGACUGCUUCCAAGGGAAUUUCAAUGUCUUUGAAAUGUAAUGAGGUGGUUUGA